AGUGGGGUAGGUGAGGAGAGAAAAUAUGGGAAAAUAUUUUUUUAUUAGUAGUCUCAUUCUAUUUUAAGUAAUGUAUCAAGUAUUGUGGGAUGAACAAAAAUAGAAACUGUGUCAAGUAUUAUGGAACAGAGGGAGUAUUUUUAUGAGCUUUAAUCACUCCGAAUUUUCCAAAUCACUCUGAAGUUUGCAAACGUAUUAGGGGUGACUUUUAUGUGAUUUGAAAUGACUAACCAUAUAUUGUUAUUUUUUUUUAAUUAUUUUGAUAACUUAACUUACAAUUGUCGAGAAAACUUAACACCCUACAUGGUUAAACCAACCGAGUCUAAAUCCAAAUCCAAAUUCAAAUAACCCGAAAUCGAUAAAUAACCGAUCCCAGAUCGGAUUCAGUGACCCAACUUAAUGGCCCUCUAAGCGACCACAGAAGUGAAGAACCGCUGAGGCGCUCACUAUAAUCAGCCAAUCCUUAAUUAAUGAACUCUCAUUUUAGCAUUCCAUCCCCACAAAAUCUCCAUUUCUGAACAUCAAAAUGACUACCCAAGAUUUUCUGAAAACCCUGAAAACUGCAAAAAGUGCAAUUCCAUCCACCAUUUCUUCAUCCUUACACCAUGAACAAACCCCCAUUAAAACCCUCAUCAAUUCAUCUUUCAACACCAUUUCUUCUGCUUCAGAAACAACCCCAUCUCCCCAAACCACCAUUUCUUCUUUCCUUACUUCUCUAUCCUCUCAUCAACUCCACUCUUUUCUCUCAGACCCAUCUGUGAAAACUAUUGAUUGCUUGAGAAUCUUCAACAUUGUACUCCAUAAUCAAUCAGAGCUUUCAUUCAAGCCUGAUAUUCAUGCCCAUUUUACCAUAAUUUGCAGGCUAAUUAAAUCCAGGUUGUAUUCGGAUGCUGAAGUUUUGUUGCAGAAAUUCAUUAUUGGUGCGAAAUACAGGUACCCUUUUAGUGAGUUUACAAAUUGGGUUGAGAAUUAUUGCAAGGAAUCUAGAAUUAUUACGAAAUUGUUGAAUAUGUUGCUUAAAUUGUAUUCUGAUCAUCAUAUGUUUGAUAUGGCUGUUACUGCGUUUGAGUACAUGGUUGAGAGAGAAGUUGAGAGGGAUGAGAGAACUUGUUCUGUUCAUUUGUAUGCUUUGGUUAAGGCUGAUAAGGUUGAUUUAGGUUUGGAGUUUUUUCGUCUUAUGAUGGAUUCAGGCAUGGAGGUUUCUGUGUUUUCAUUGACAAUUGUUGUGAGUGGAUUGUGUGGGAUUGGGGAGUUGAAGAUGGGUAGAGAAUUGGUGGAAGAAAUGGUUGGGAAGGGGGUUAAACCUAAUGUUAUAACAUUUAAUACUUUAGUGGAUGCAUGUUCAAGAAGGUGGGAAUUCGCGGAGUUGGAUUUAGUGUUGUGUUUGAUGGAACGAGAAGGAAUUACGUUUAAUGAUACGACUUAUAAGCUUUUGAUUGAUGGGUAUUCGGGUUAUGGUAAGGUUGAUGAAGCAAAGAAGUUGCUCUUGGAGAUGCAAGUCAAAGGUUUUGAGGUGGAGGCGUAUUUGUACUAUAUGGUCAUUAGAGGCUAUUGUAGAUUGGGAGAUACAAGCAAUGGUUUUUCAUUACUUAGAACAAUGCAAGAGAAGGAGAUUGCCCCCUGUGAUGGUAUUUAUCGAUGUUUGAUCAGUGGUAUGUGCAAGAUUGGAGAGAUGGGUCAGGUCAAGGAGUUGGUGAAUGAGGUGCUAAACAAGGGAGGUGAGGUUGAUGGUGCUAUGUGGAAUGAUUUAGUAGAUGGAUACAAAAAAGCUGGGAUGAUGGAAGAACUUGAAGAAUUAAAAAAUAAAGAAAUUCCAUCCUGAGCAAGAUUAAUCAUGUCAGAACUCCAUUCUGAACCCCAAGCUUAGUCAAUAUGAUGAUGAUGAUAUUUAUAGUCUUUUAUGUGAAGAGUUGGAAAUGAGGAGAACAAGCAAAGGAUGGGCGCAGAUUUUGUACUUAUAGCAUGAUCAACAUUGCAGAAGGCAGAGCCUUAGAGCAAUGAUCCAAUACUCAUGUCUGAACUGUAUAGGUCUAAAGAGGGGUGAUUUAUCAGAGCUGUCAGACUAUAGCAACAUCCAGAAAUAGUCGAAUUACUCGUAGCUCUUUCAGUCCUGCUGAAGUUUUGAUUUGGGACAUCUCAGGAACGGUCAAUGUUAGACUGGGCAUUUCAGGAACCACUGGCUGUGUUGACAAAAUAGGUUGAUACUCCAAUGAAUAGGAUUUGGGCAGCAGCUUUUUGAGAGGAUAUGCAUAGAUGGAUGACCAAUGUGUAUGGUUGUACAUCCCAGUCAAAUUCCAGUGGACCUAUAGCACCAUUAAUCUCCAUUGCUGUUAAACUUUCAGCCCCUUGGUUAAAGGAAACUUGUAGCUGUCAAUGUUGCUGUAACCAUUUCUGUGCCUUUUAAACUAAUGAAGCCUGGCUGAAGCCAUAAAACAAUAAGCAUAGCUCCCUUGUGCAAUCUUGUGGCUAUUAACUUAUUAUGCAAAAUGUCAUAUGGUGUAGGGUCUUGUGUGCAAAGAAACACAGGCAUUACGUACCACUUUAUCCAAGAUUUGAUGCUUGUGAUGAGCCAUGUAUCCAUAUAUAAUGGAGCUAUUCAUUUAGACUUCAAUCAAGACCUUUGCUGUGCUUGUGGGGAAGUCAAUUACGAACCCUGGUAUCUAUCCUGAUUGUAUGUUGUAUGCAACACCGUAAUAUUUGCUGAUAGUGUUGUUUCUUGAUACCUCACAAGGAUGGCAGCAAUGAUAAACUCAGCAUUGCAUCUGGAGAUCAAGGUUGAAAUUGCGUAAGGAUAGCUCCAGUAACUAGUGAGGUGCACAAAUAGGCUUUAUAUCUGUCAACCCAGUCUGUUAUCAUUCGGACCUUUGGGAUACACAGGUAUCAUAGAAGCACCAUAAUUUUCUAGUGUUUAUUUUUCUCUGUUCUUGCUUAGUCUUAAGUUUAGGUUUGUUAGAAGUACCAUCAAGUCUUGUAUAUUAUGCAAGUUUAAUUCAUGAGAGAAUUUGUUAAUAAAUUUUAUCCCAAACUCUAUAGUUCUCCCUUGUGUUA